AUGUCACCCCGCUUUGUUCCCGUACAGCUUGCGCUGUCGUGGACCACUGUGAUCCUCUCGCUGCUCGUCAUCGGUUUCGGUGUCGGCACAAUCGUGUGGGAAGUCGACCGGCAAGAGCGCUGGCAUGCCAAGUCCUUCGCCGAGGGCAUCAUCUUUGCGACUUGGGGCGGCUUCCUCCUUGUCUGCCUCAUUGUAUCCCGACACGCCUGGACAACGAGGUGGUUCAACUGCAUGAUCACCGAUGCCGUGUGGCUUGGGCUCAGCGUCUGCUUCGGCAUCGCCGACAUCGCCGUCUGGGGCGGGCACAAGCAGAAGAUGAACGGCUUCCUCGUCGUGACAGGCAUCCUCGGCUGCGUCCUGUUCGCAGUGCAGCUGACCCAGCUCCUGUUCGAGGUCAUUGCCGUGCUCGUGCACCAUGGAGGAUCAAAGGAGGUCUGGAAACUCUCCUUCCACGACCUCUUCGCAUACCCCGAUGACCACCGCGAGACCGUGCGCGACCCCGAGUGGCUCGAGCGAUGCGGUCGCAACCCCCGCCUCGGCCGCUACACGCAGAACGACGUGCCCCUUUCCCCGACGAGCUCCUUCGACUUCGAUGCGAAGGACCACAAGGACGUCAAGGACCGCAAGGAUCUCAAGACGCCGGCGUCGCUGCUGAAACAUGACUAUUACGACUACGCUCACCCCUAUGAGAAGAAGGGAAAGUUGACGAAGGAGAAGUCGAGUGGAAGCAGCAGCGGAAGCCACGGCAGUAUUAGGGGAGACAAGAAGGCGAUCGAGGCCGAACGUGAGCUGUACGCUCAGUACGCCGAGAACAAAGUGCCGUCCUACACUUCCCACUAG